AUGGCGUACGUCAAAGGAGGAGUUUGGACAAACGUCGAGGACGAAAUCCUGCGGGCUGCCAUCUCCAAAUAUGGUCUGAACCAAUGGGCGCGAGUGUCGUCUCUACUGGCUCGAAAAACAGCCAAACAGUGCAAGGCUCGGUGGACCGAGUGGCUUGAUCCGACCAUCAAGAAAAUCGAGUGGUCGCGAGAGGAGGACGAGAAGCUGCUGCAUCUGGCCAAGAUCUUUCCUGCACAAUGGCGAACGAUUGCCCCGUUUGUGGGGCGAACUGCACACCAGUGCAUUCAGCGAUACGAGCGUUUGUUAGCUGAAGUUGCUGGCGAGGUGGAGGGCGAAGACGCUUCUGCGGUGGCAUCUGCACCCGCCACUGAAGGUGACCAGUUUCCCGAAACCAAGCCUGCCCGGCCUGACGCCGUGGACAUGGACGAAGACGAGAAGGAAAUGCUGAGUGAAGCGCGAGCUCGUUUGGCCAACACUCAGGGUAAGAAGGCGAAAAGAAAGGAUCGAGAACGGAUGCUAGAGGACUCGCGACGGCUCAGUCAGCUUCAGAAGCGACGAGAGCUCAAAAAUGCAGGAAUCGACACUCGACUGAGUAAAAGGAAGAAGAAUGAGAUGGACUACAACGCCGAUAUUCCCUUUGAACACAAACCGGCCCGUGGCUUUUACUCAACUGCCGAGGAGGAGCAUGAAAACGACUCGGAGCGUCUUCAACACAAACAAAUGCACCGCACAGCUGCGGACGCACCUGGGCCGUCACAAAAGCGAGACAAGGCAACUUUGUCCAAGGAGGAUGAGGAGAAGAAAAAGGAGCAGCAAAAGACGGCGUCUGCUCAGCGAACACUUCAACUGGCACAGUUGGACUUGCAAGAUCAGAUUUCCAAGCGACGAAAACUGAAUCUUCCUGAGCCACAGAUCCAGGAUCAGGAAAUGGAGGAGAUUGUGAAGCUGGGAGCUCAGGGUGAAGCUCUACAUAAGCGGUAUGCAGACGGAGUGGCGUCAAGCUUGUCGGGUGAUUACGAUGACAAGAUUGUGGACGACUCCAUUCGAACUCCUCAAAUUCAGCAGUCGAAAGUAAAGACUACAAUCGAGGAGAUCAAGGCCAUGGAGAACCGGUCUGUGCUUGGUAAGAGAACCGAGGAAGAGGUCGACGACGAAGCUGAAGCUGAUAAAGAUGGAUUUGCAAUCCCCAAGCUGCCUUCCAACAAGGCUGUCACUAGUGUUUCUGCUGGAUCCGAUAUAGGAGGAGCUACUCCUGCUGGGAUGACUCCUAUCAAGCGGGACGCUCUGGGUUUGGUUGGAUCUGUCGAAGCUACUCCUGUUUCUAUUCUGCGCCAGAAACUGGCCUCUCUUCCUAAGCCCAAGAACGAUUUCGAAAUCACUGCGGAGGACGAAGAGGAAGAUGAGGAAGCUGAUAAGGAAAAGAAGCCUACAGAUAACUUGCCAGUUGAUAAGGGCGAACAAGCUCGAUUGAAAAGAAUUGCCGAGGAGCAGGAGCGACAAGAAGCUCUCAAGACUCGUUCUCAGACUCUUCAGAGAGGUCUUCCCCGGGCUACUGUUCCUGAAGUUACUUACAAUGAUGCUAUCGGUCAAGAAGUAGUUGCUCUUCUCAGAGAGGAGGAGCUUAGGUUUCCCAAUAAAGGCGAUUCUGUGGCUCUAAUGCAGUCUGAGUUCUCUCUCGACGACUUAGUGGAUGCCGAAACUUUGAUUGAGAUGGAACUGAUGGAGGGCGAUGAGCAAGAAGUGCAGGAGGAGGGUAUUAAGACGGCUGCUCUUCCUGGAACAGUUGCUCGUUCCGACGAGUCCGAGGAGGAGUUCAAGACCCGUGUGGAAAUCAUAUCCGACCAGCUUGUUGAAACGCUAACUUCUCUUGCGGAAACUUGCCAGACCGAAGAGACUGCUCUGGUGGACAAGUUUAAGGCGUAUGCCAAGCGCCAGGCUACUUUAUCUAAAAAGCUGACUUCUCGGUGGUCUCAACUUGAGUCUGUUGAGGUCGAGAUUGCCGUGUUUUCCGAGUUAGCCCGCAUGGAGGAGAUUGCCAUUGAGCAGCGAAGCGCGGCUCUGCAGGAGGAGGUUGACUGGCUCGUCAAGAAGGAACGUGCCGCGCAGGAUAAAUACCGUGAGUUGAAGGUUAAGGAGCAGGCCGCCAAGGGUGGCCAUUAG